AUGCCUUUUAUUUUAUAUUGUUUUCAGGGUAUCAACUUAAGUGGUGGUCAAAAACAGCGUGUCAGUCUUGCUCGUGCUUUAUAUAAUCAUGCUGAUGUGUAUUUACUUGAUGAUCCUCUUAGUGCUGUUGACUCUCAUGUUGGAAAACAUAUCUUUGAUCAUGUCAUUGGACCUGAAGGAAUGUUGAAAAAGAAAGUAAGUUGACAUCAAACAUGAUUAGGGACAUUUCACCAGAUUCGUAGGGUCCAAUCGCCCAAAUUUAAAACUUGUAAUUGUAUCUGAUUAGAUCUGAUUACUCCAUAUAGUCUAAGAGAUAUUGUUUGGUUUUAUAUUUUUAUUUAUUUUUUUUGACCCAUUGAGCGUCAGCGCUCUCCCUUCGACGAGUAAAAUCGUUUGGCGUUAGACAGGUUAAAAUAGUAACGCAGGGCGCAUUUGGGCGCAGUGCAACUUAAUACAGUAGGUUAACUAGACACAUUGACAGAUAGUCUGGUUAACCCACUAAGCGCUGCGUGUGAUUGAGCGCCAGCGCUCUCCCCUUAACGAAUAGAAUUAGGGCGCUUAUACAUAGGGCGGUUUAAGGUGGUGCAACGCCAGUAAUUUCACUGAUCGACAAGCAUGUUUUCGCGCGAAAAUCAAGCAACAACAGAUUUUCUUUCAUUUUAUUUUUUGGCGAUUUUCCUCAUUUUUUUCAUCUUGUGGAAAGAAAAAUAUUUAAGUAUACAAGUAAAAUAUCGCUUUUCCUAUGGAUACAUCGCAUUUUUGGCGUAGAAACCGUUGUGAGAGGGAUUUAUUGUGGAAUAUUUUAAUAUUAAAAUCUUGAUCUUUGCCGACUUUUAUGGCGGGGAAAAUAUUAUUUUACAACGACGAUAAUAACAGCACCUUUGAACGUUGGGUAUGUUGAAGUUUAUUCGCUUAAUAUCUCGUUCUUAUACUUUAUGAAGCUUGGCUUUAGUUAAAGUGUAUUCUUAGGACAUAUCGAGGCUGAAAACAACGUUUUCCGGUAUAUGUACAUGUACAGGUAUAUGUACAUGUACAGUUUGAGAACACGAUGAAGUGCAGAUAGGUUGUAUUUUGUCAACAUCAAAGUAAUCAAAAGCACGCUGAUUAUCGAUUCUCUCUGACAGCAGAAUUUUUGCUAAAUGCACUACAUCCGCAUCACACGUCGAUCAGGGUGUACGCUAGCCUGCGUGCGUGCAGCCUCAACCCGAAUUGAUGCUGCACCAAGGCUAGGCGUGCGCCACCCUAUAUAUAUAAGCGCCCUGAAACAAAAUCGUCUGGCGUUAGACAGAGUGAAAUAAUAAAGUAUGGCGCUUUAGGGCGCAAUGCAACAAAAUGGGUUAAUAAUAAAUCCAAUCAGCUCACAUGUUUUUCAUUGAUGUGAAAGGGUGGGUAAUUAGUAAAUUAUAGUAAUUAUAGAAACUUCGCACUACCCUUCGGAACACUGAGUUUAAUAAUUUGAUUUACUGUAUCACGAAAUUGCUGUCUCGUACUGUUAUCUAAUGUUUAUAAUUCAUAUGUUUCUGAUGUUUAUUCUAAUGUUUAUGACUACUCAUAUGGAUGGUCAAUCGACAAUAAAGUUUGCAUGUUUUUCUUGCAUGUUUAUAGACUUAUACAUGCAAGCAGUUAUUAAAUGUUUUUAUUAAUUUAAAACUUUCUUUCAGACAAGAGUACUUGUGACGCAUCAAGUUCGUUUUCUGCCUCAAGUGGAUCAGAUCAUAGUUUUACGUAACGGUGUCAUUACAGAGGU